AUAGAUAUACAGUUGGUGAUGUCAUAUGUAUUUGUUAAAUUUAUAACAGCAAUUGCAGUUUUUCUGCAAAUAUAUGAUUGUCACUCCUUAAAAUAGGAAUAUCUAUGCAAACUUCUAUCGUCUGUAUAAACUAAUUACAGUAAAAGUGCAUUUGUGCACUGUUAUGAUGUAAAUAUCAUGAUUUAUAAUGUUCUUAGAUAAACAUGAAACCACGGCAUGUAAUUUUUGUUGGUAACAUUGUUCCCAUAUAAGUAAUACAACGAUAUUUGGUCCAAUGAAGUUCCCAUAAAUGCAAAGACCGCAUUUAAAAAUGGGAAAGAAACAGUUGUUUCUUAAUGCGUUUAUAAUAUUAACUACAGUAUGUGUAACUAAUACUGAAACAGCCAGUGACAAAAUCAUCUUCCUUCAUCAAAAAAACAAACCAAUAUCUAAAGUAGAACCACUUAGUGGACCUUGCUGUGUUUUGCCGCUAUGUACACACGCCCAGUGUUACCAAACGAUUAGCUGUGGAGACCUUUGUACCAAAAAAGAAUUAUUGACACAAACUCAAGAUUACAGUACUUCUGGAUAUAAGAUAAGAAUAGCUUACACCAAAACAGAUUGUCACUUUGAAAAAUGCCACACUUUCCAACACUCCUGCCAUCAUUGUCCAGAUCCCAAUAAGGAUAACUUUAAUAUACAGAGAGUUAAUAAAAUAUGUAAACCAUGUUAUUAUUUAUAAAAAUUAGUUUGUGUUUAAAAAUAAAAGGUAAUAAAUAAAAAUAUUUAUAAAAAAUAA